UGAGAGAGAGAGGGGAGAGAUAAGAUCAGGUUAUCUCUUUCAGGCGGGUCACCGGAGAUUUCAUAUUCUUUCAAUCAUUAAGACCGGCGUUCACGAUCAUGCGCAAGGGGACGAAACCUCCGGCGGAGGCGAUCGGAUCUGGAAACAUUUUGAAAGAGAAAAGUUACAAAGGAGUGAGAAAGAGACCGUGGGGAAAGUUUGCUGCGGAGAUCAGAGAUCCAUUGAAGAAGAAGAAUAGGGUUUGGUUAGGUACUUUCGAAUCGGCAGAAGAUGCUGCUCAGGCAUACGAUGCAGCUGCUCGAGCCAUAAAUGGUGCCAAUGCUAAGACCAAUUUUCCAAUACCCAAUCAUUAUUCAUCUGCCUUUCCUCUUCAGGAUCUCAAAACGAUGGCUCAGAGGCCAGCAUCUAGCAGUUUGAGCAGCACCGUUGAAUCAUUCAACGGCACUAGGUCUAGGCCUCCACCUCCAUCUCCACCGCUGUCUUCGUUAUUCAAAAGGUAUCCCCGGACUCCGCCGGUCUUUCCGGACGACUGCCGUAGCGAUUGCGGUUCUUCAUCAUCGAUCGUUAACAACGACGUCGACGUUGAAAUCGCUUCCUCAUCGGUCAGAUAUCCAUUGCCGUUCGAUCUUAACUUUCCUCCGCCGGCGACGCCAUUUGAUGAAACCAUUGAUGUCGACUGCUGCACAGCUCUCCGACUCUGAUGAUAUAGUAUUAUUAUUUUUUUUAAAAUUUAUUUUAAAAUUAUUACAUUUAGAAAAAGAAAGAUAUAUAGUAUAUACUCUUGUUACUAAAUUAUUAUUAAUUGAAUAAUUUUCCGUUCUUUUUAUAAUGCUAAUAGCAUAAUGAAAAUGAUAUACUAAUCUUUAUUUAUUUUUCUUUUGC